AUGGUGCGCCGAGAUCGCCUCCGCAGGAUGCGGGAGUGGUGGGUCCAGGUGGGGCUGUUGGUGGUGCCCCUGCUUGCAGCCUAUCUGCACAUCCCGCCCCCGCAGCUUUCCCCUGCUCUCCACUCAUGGAAGUCGUCAGGCAAAUUUUUCACCUACAAGGGACUGCGCAUCUUCUACCAAGACUCUGUGGGUGUGGUCGGAAGUCCAGAGAUAGUUGUGCUUUUACAUGGCUUUCCAACAUCCAGCUAUGAUUGGUACAAGAUUUGGGAAGGUCUGACCCUCAGGUUUCAUCGAGUGAUUGCCCUUGAUUUCCUAGGCUUUGGCUUCAGUGACAAACCGAGGCCGCAUCACUAUUCCAUAUUCGAGCAGGCCAGCAUUGUGGAGGCCCUUCUGCGACAUCUGGGGCUCCAGAGCCGCAGGAUCAACCUGUUGUCUCACGACUACGGGGACACGGUGGCUCAGGAGCUGCUCUACAGAUUCAAGCAGAAUCGAUCUGGUCGGCUUACAAUCAAGAGUCUGUGUCUGUCAAAUGGAGGUAUAUUUCCUGAGACUCACCGUCCUCUCCUUCUACAAAAGCUUCUCAAAGAUGGAGGCAUGCUGUCACCCAUCCUCACACGGUUGAUGAACUUCUUCGUAUUCUCUCGAGGUCUCACCCCCGUCUUUGGGCCAUACACCCGACCUUCUGAGAGUGAGCUGUGGGACAUGUGGGCAGGGAUACGCAACAAUGACGGGAACUUGGUUAUCGACAGUCUCUUGCAGUACAUCAAUCAGAGGAAGAAGUUUAGGAGACGCUGGGUGGGAGCCCUUGCCUCUGUAUCUAUUCCCAUUCAUUUUAUCUAUGGGCCACUGGAUCCGGUGAACCCCUAUCCCGAGUUUUUGGAGCUGUACAGGAAAACGCUGCCGCGGUCCACAGUGUCGAUUCUGGAUGACCACAUUAGCCACUAUCCACAGCUAGAGGAUCCCAUGGGCUUCUUGAAUGCAUAUAUGGGCUUCAUCAACUCCUUCUGA